GUUCCAAAAUUCCUUUGUUUCCUACCCAAAACCCAAGGCUGUGGCUGGGAUGGGGGAGAUCCCCACCAGGAUCCACCGCAGGCAGAGCUGGAGGAAAAACAAACUGGAGCCAUUGAAGUUCAUUAAGAUUUUAUUAAGCAACGCCCAAUUGCUAUGGAAAAUGGGGUGGGGGGGAAAUCCAGGAUUUGGUGUUCCCACAUGGCAUCCUCUCCUUUUCCUGGCUGGAAAGAAUUUCCUGGCUCUUUAGGUCACCAUUUCCACCCAGCAUGCCCCAAAUUUAUCCUAUUUAACAUAAAACAACCCCACCCCAGUUUACAAAAAAUUAAUGGAUAAAGCCCUCCAAGUCCCACACCAGCAUCAUUUCCUUCCCAAGAGGAAAACCACAGUGGAAAAGUUUUGAGAAUAAUUAACACCAAACUGACAUGUAUCUGUGUGGGGAGGCAGCCCAAUACUAGUGGAUAAAUAAAUCCAAAUUUCAGCCCAAAUCCCUUCCUAAGGGAAAUUUUCCCCCUUUUUUCCUUGCAGGACAAAGUCUCUGGCCCAGCCGGAUCUCCAAACAAUUUCCCUGAUUUGGGGAAUAUUCAGCUCCACCAGGAGGUUUUGCAGCCCCAUAACCAGCAUGGGGGAUGGACAAGGCUGUGAGUGUGGCCUGGCUGAGGGGGUGAUUCCAAUUUAAUUCCUUUGGGAUCAUCCAGCAGGCUGCUGGAUCAAUUUAAUUCCUUCUGCUGUUCCCCACAGUAAAGCCAGUGCUGGAGGGAGGGGAAGGGAAAGGGCUUCACGUUGAAAAACGUGCUGGAAUAGAAUUUUUUUUAUAUAUUGAGCAUUGCCAUGUGCUCAAUAAAUAUCUUUUAUUAACAGCCCAACCUCAGCUGUCACCUGACUUGUGUCUUGACUUCCCCAAAUAAUCUAACCUCGUGUCCCAGAGCCUGGGACAGUUCUAAUUCCAGCAGAAGCCAGGACAGGCAUUGAUUUUAAUCCAGAGGAUUGCUCCCUCCACUUGGAAAUUUAUUUCAGACGAGCACUUUGGUGCUGAAAACUUGGGUUGUUCUUGAUUUAUGCUUUUUGGCAUGAAACACCCAUUCCCAGCACUGGAGGAAAACCCUGCAUCACCUCCCCGUGCCCACUCUCCUCAUUCGGGGAGCUGUCCGGUGGAUGUGCUCGGUACCCGGAGAAAGGAGGGAUUUGAGAAGGCGAGGAUGGGAGCUGCUGGACCAGCCCGGCAGCAUCCCCGCCGCACGGCGGGUUUUGUGGCUAGAGCGGUGGGAAGCGGGUUUCUCCCGCUGGCCGGACUACAGCUCCCGGCGAGCCGCGCGGGCGGGCAGAGCGGGCAGAGCGGAGCGCAGCGCAUCCCGCAGCGGCACCGCCGCCUCCGCCCGAUCCGGCGAAGCCUGCGGCAGCCAUGGCGCUGGUGAAGAGCGGUUGGCUUUGGCGGCAGAGCUCCAUCCUGCGCCGCUGGAAGAGGAACUGGUUUGUCCUCUACCUGGACGGCAGCCUGGUUUACUACCACGAUGAGACGCAGCGGGACAUGGACGGGCGGAUCCACAUCAAGUACAGCUGCCGGGACGUGCGGAUCGGCCGCGAGUGCAAAGACGUGCAGCCCCCCGAGGGGAGGAGCCGGGACUGCCUGCUGACCGUGGUGCUGCGGGACGGCUCCAAGACCACGCUGUGCGCCGAGAGCGAGGACGACGCCGUGGCUUGGAAGAUGGCUGUGCUGGAGGCUAAAUCCACCCCGGUGCACGUGUACGACCCCUACGAUGACGACUACUACCAGACAGUGCCCCUGGACUCCCACCAGGCCGCCUACAUCAGCUCCGGCCACUAUGGCCACCAGUACGGAGCUCCGGGCGUGACCCACGUCAUCGUGCGGGAGGAUCCCUACCGCGUCUCCGGGGACCAGAUGGCGCUGGGGCUGCUGGCAGGGGCCGCCACCGGCGCCGCCCUGGGCUCCUUCAUGUGGAUGCCCUGCUGGUUUUAGUGGCCACUGCCCCCCUCUGCUCCCCAGCCCUGGCUUGGAACCUGCCCUGAGCCCCCCUCAGCCUCCCCAAAACACCCACACAGCCCCGCACACGCCCUGCUCCCAGCCCCAGCUUCUGCACUGAAUAACCCCGAGCGCUUCAGAGCCCCCAGACCCGCCCCAGAACCCCAGUGCAUCCCAUUCCCAUGGCACAGGGCCCGGGCAGCUGCCGGGGCUGCUGGCAGAGCUUCCCCAGCCCAAAUCUCCACAGGGAGCUGGCUGCAGAAAUACCAGCUUUGGGAGCAAGGGGGACUUAUUCAAUUUGGGGGGAAGGGGUUGGAUCUUUUUGGGCUGGGUGAACCCCACAGUGCAGGGCUUUUUUUGGGAGAGGUUCCAGCACCGGAGCAGGAGCUGAGAUGGGGGCAACCACAGGGAUGCUGAAGAGGUGGGUGAAAGAUUAAGGAGGAUGAAAACCUUUGCAGGAUUUCCACCCCUUUCCAACUCACACUGGUCCCCCAGGCCUGGCCAAGUUGGAGAAAUGGUGCAAAACCCUCAGGAACUGGAGUUAAGCCCUGGGGAACUAGGCUGAGAAGAGUCCAGGGAAUAUCCCAACCUCUCCAGCCAGGUGGGAAGGACACAUAGCAUCCUCAAUUUCAUCCUGAUAUUUGGGAGGGGGAGAAGGGCAGCUCUCUAUGGGGACCAGGGAGCCUUUCUGGCAGCCAAGCCAGGAUCUUCACAGCAGGGAUUUGGGAUUGAGGGGGGACACACGAUCAGGCCAGGGGACAAGCAGCAGCUCAGGGUUUUGGUUGGGCCAUGGAAGAGGUGAGGAACAGCUGCCAAGUGUCACCCCUAGAGCCAGGAUGGUAUCCUGGAACCACGACUGACAUUGAAUUUAGGAAUUACAAACCCCACAGCUGGCUAGAAAACCACCAGUGACACCAGCACCCCAGCCUGCUCCUGCCUGUAGAGCCCCGGGUCAGUUCAUCCCUGUGCCCUUCAGGGGAUUGGGAUAUCCCAACACACCAUCCUCAUCCUCUGCUGCAUUCCCUGCCUCCCUCCUGCUGUGCACCUGCCCCUGGAAAGAGAAAAACAAAUACAAAGAAACCUCUUUGAAUCUAAUAAAGGCAGCGAGAAACCA